AUCUUCAUCAAUUUCUCCAUUCACUUCUUCCCUUUAUCAAAACCUCAUCAAAUCAACCAUGGCAGAAAUUGAUCAAGUUAGACCCUUAGCCCCAUCAAGAGACCAACAAAGUAGUAGUGAUGAUGAAGAAGCUCUCAUCAAAAGCAAACAUCUUAGGAGAAUCAAAUUAUGUGGAUGUGUAAGUGCAAUUUCUUUCUUAAUAUUUGUAAUAGUAAGUGUGAUUUUAUCAUUCACAGUUUUUAAGGCCAAAGAUCCCAUAGUUACAACUAAUAAUAUCACACUCACAAACCUAGACUUUAGUGUAAAUUUAAAUCCAAUGACUCCUAGUGUUAAGGUUAACAUGUCUCUUUUAAUAGAUAUGUCUAUUAAGAAUCCUAAUUCUGCAUCCUUCAAAUUUCGUAAUGCAACCACGGCCAUAAGCUACCGUGGAGUGGCCGUGGCCGAGGUGAAGAAUCCGCCGGGAAUUGCCAAGGCUAGGCGGACAUUUAGGAUGAAUGUCACGGCAGAUGUAUUGGCGGACCGGCUCGCGACUAGGCCGGAAUUGUUUUCGGAUGUUAUGUCCGGGCACAUAACCUUAAACACCUACACAGAAAUUUCAGGGCAUGUUAAGGUUUUGGUAAUUAAAAAACAUGCUGAAAUUAAGAUGAAUUGCACUGUGAAUGUUGAUUUUUCAAGUAAGCAAGUUCAGGACAUGAAUUGCAAACGUAAGGUGAAAAUUUAGGCAUUAUUUGAAUUUUUGUUGUAAUAAUUGUUCUUCAAUAUAUCUUCUCUUUAUUUAUUCA